CAAUUAAUUUCAUCCCCUACUGGCCUUUGUAAUGAUGACCCUUUGCGCCAUCAUUGCUAUGAAAAGCCUUCUCUCUCUCUCUCUCUCUCUGUCACCAAAGGAGACAGAUGCAAACACAAGACAAUAGUUAUGUGGCUCACCUUUUUCUCCUGGGUUCUGCCAAGACACCCCUGCUAUUUAAAGUCCAAGAACUCCAUUUUUCACAACCCACAUUUUUGUUAGCUUUCUCUUCUCCAGGUUUACACACAUUCAACUCUCUCUCUCUCUCUCUCUCUCUCUCUCAGAGAGAAAAGCAGCAACUGAAUUGUAGAGGAAAACAAUGUGUAUGAACUCCUCAGAAAUGACUCCAUGCAGUCCUCAAUACUCUGCUUUUCGCCUUCGAAGGCCAUCAAACCAACAUAACUUUCGAGUUCACCGCUUAAUCAACAGGAAGAGGAAAACAGCAAAAGAAGCAAAAAAAGGGGCAGAGAUAGGAGGGGCAAAGGUAGAGAUGGAAAUCAAGAACCUGAAGCUAUACAUGGAGAAUCAGAGCAUUAUAGAAGAGAACAACAAGCUGAGGAGAAAAGCACUUCUUCUUGUCCAAGAGAACCAAGCCUUGUUUUCACAGCUCCAACAGAAGAAGCUCUCUCCCAACAAAUGAAACAGUACCAAUAUAUGCAUGCAGCAGCACCAUGAAACUGAAACCUCAUUACCCUAAUGUAAACAUAUAUUUAAUUUAAUGCUUUGCAAUUUUCAUAAAAUUAUUAUUAGAAAAAAAGUUAACAAGGAGUAGUUCUACUAGGGGCCCCUCUUAGCCUUGAUUUGUUCUUUCAUCUCCUUGUUGGGGAAGUUCUAAAUUCUAAUGUCUCAUCUUCCCCUCCACCUCACCUAGUUUGUGGGCUAAUUUUGGUUAAUUAUGGAUGAUUUACCUUUUAUGUGUGUCAAGUAGAUUAGUAUGUGCAAUCCUUUUACAUAUUCUUCUGUAACUUCACUUUCCUUUUUUUUCUUUUUUCUUUUUUCUUAUAUCUCAUGUUUCAUACAUCUUUCUCUUUGUCUCUCUCAUCACGUGACGAGAGAAAUAUAGAGAAAGGUGUGUGAGACUAGGCAUGUGGCAAAAGAAGAUAUUACCCAGAUGUGUCCUCUCAGGGACAGUAGUUUACUGUGAGGGUGUGUACAUGUAAUGUAAAGGUUAUUAAGAAGUCUUUCAGAUUGAGAUUCUGUGA